CCAGAGCUCUGGCGCCUGCGCCGCCAGGCGCGCGGCCUACGUCUGGGCGCGGCCGGAGUGGAGACGGACGUCGCUCGGGUCUCAGACAGCUGGAGCGGGCGCUGUACAGGUCCUGGGUCAUAGGAACAAAGCAGAUCUUGUGAGGUAAAGAGGAAUCCCACCUGGAAGAUGGCCCAUCUUAAUGGAGACCUCCCACCAGGGCUGCAGAGCAGAGGAGGAGGGAGACCAAGAAAGAGCAGACCCUGGAUUUGCAUAGCUGUUAGCAAUACGAUCCUUGUGCUCUGCAAGCGACCCUUCAAGCUGUGACAACCUGAGGUUUGAACCAAGUUUCAGGAGAGUUCCGCCUUUGUAAUUCUCUACACGUUUCCUAGAUCCACAGAAAAUGAGCAAAUCUCAGGAUGUGACUGUGGGUUUCACCCAGGAAGAGUGGCAGCACCUGGACCCUGCUCAGCGGACCCUGUACAGGGAUGUGAUGCUGGAGAACUACAGCCACCUCGUCUCAGUGGGGUAGUGUGUUACCAAACUAGAGGUGAUUUUCAAAUUGGAGCCAGGAGAAGAGCCAUGGAUAUUAGAGGAAGAGUUCCAAAGCCAGAGCCUUCCAGGUGAGUUGGACACCGCCACAGUACUGCUUGACAAAGGAUGCGUUGGUGCGCAGCUGGGAUCCGAACCCGCGAACCCUCAGAGGCCGCCGAAGCGGAGCGCGAACACUUAACUGCUGCGCCACUGGGCCGGUUUCCAAAAAUAAAAUAUUGACAAAUGAUAGCGUGUAAAUAAUUUACCAGUUGAUUGGACUCAUUUUAAAAUCCUUUUAUUGUUUAGAAGAAAUGUUGUUGAGUUAAAUAUGAAUGGUAAGAUUUAAUGAAUAAAUGCUAAAAGAAAAUAAUAAGUGUAACUUUUAAACUUUUGAAGGGAAGAAAAUGGAAAAGAAAAAAAAUCACCAGAAAUAUAUUGGAUGAGACCAAAAAAGGACAAUGAAAGAGGGGGGAAAGCAAGUAAAAAUUAGAACAAGUGGGAACUGUAAAUGAAACAGAGGAAACCAAUCCAGAUAUUAUAGUAAAUACAGUACAUUCAAAGGGACUAAACCCUCUUGUUAAAAGACAGAUAUUGUCAGUUUGGAUUUUUACAAAUCUAGGUAUAUGGUGUCUGAAAAGUACACAUAUAAAAAGGAAUAAUGGAAUAUAUUCAAUUAAUUAGAAUAUAAAAAGGAAGAAUGAUAUACUUCAAAUAUUAAACAAAAUGGAAUAUUAACCCUUGGUAUACCAUCAGGGUUCCAGUGUACCCAAUUUUAGUUUUAGAGUUUCUUUUUGAAGGAGUUCUCUUAGCAAUGACUGAUGUUUUGUGUCUUUCAUAAUUUCUUAUAAUUAUAAAUUAAGAUAAAAUUUUAAUCUGAAUGAACAAAGAGAAAAUUUACUUACAUUUUUUAAUUGAAUAAAACUCAUUUUAUCCUGCAAUUUCCAUAUGGGUGACUUAGUCCCAUUUAUAAAUCUAAGAAACACAGGAUUGUAGUGAUCUUAUUUUAACGUAUUUUGAAAUGUUUUACUGUUUUAUUUAUUUUUAUUUGGUGACUAACAUUGGCCCUGAGCUAACAUUUGUUGCCAAUCUUCCUCUUUUUGCUUGAGGAAGAUUGUCCCUGAGCUAACAUCUGUGCCAUUCUUCCUCUAUUUUGCAUAUGGGACACUGCCACAGCAUGGCUUGAUGAGCGGUGUGUAGGUCCGCACCCAGGAUCCUAACCCACAAACCCUGGGCUGCUGAAGUGGAGCAUGCAAACUUAACCACUACACCACCAGGCCAGCCCCUGUUUUGCUGUUUUAUCACCCUAGCAAUUAUUUCAACAUUAGUCAUCAAUUAGGUCCAACAGUGCUAAAAUAGACUAAAAUAUAAGAAAAACAUAAAAAUGAUGGAAUUUCCUAGAAGGAUAAUACAAUAGUGAAGUAAAUCUUCAUCAUUAAAUCAUCCUCCAGUUUUCUUAUUGAGUUCUCUGAAGUAUUGCAUCAAUUGUGACAAAGGUAUGAAAGAAGUCUGGAGACACCUUAUUUGUCAUUUCUGUCUUUUUUUUAGCUUUCAUUGAACAUGGUUGAGAAUUCAGAAUUUUUAUUUUCUGCCCUAAUUGCAAAAAGCAGAAAAUUGACAUGAGAAGACUUUACAAUUAUUAGACAAAUAAGAUGAAUGUAAAGAGACAGGUAGAAAUAUGGUAUAAUUGAUUAUAUAAGCGAAUUCUCAGACUGUAAGUUUUAGAUAAUGAUAUCCUAGGUGAAUAAAGGUGUACAUCUGAUCUUGUCAUAAGAACAGCCUGAAUGUGUAGAUCGUUGGACAUUAUUAUUUCUUGUGAAUCCCAACGAGAAUGCAAAUAUAGCCUAGGCAAUAGAGUUUUCCUUUUAACUCUAAUGGAAAUGAGCACUUUCUGAAGUUUAAUUUGGUGGCGUAUGUGAAAUAGAAAAGAGAGGGAUGAGAUUGUAAGCAUGUACAUUAGUGAGGCUCUUGAGAUGACUAGAUCCUGAUCUAAUUGUUCUAAAUCUGAUUAUUCCUUUGAUAUCUCCCCUCACCAUCACUGUCUAUUAAUUUUCUUUGUGAUUAUACUUAGUAUUUGUUGAAUUGUUAGGCUGAUCCUAUUCUCUGUGAGGUUCCCCAUCCCGGCAUCAAGCAAUCAUCCAAACAUUUUUUAUUUAUUGUUUGUGUUUAUUUCAAAUUCUUUCCAUUUUUGAAUGUCACAUUUUUUAUAUUGAAGUAUAAUUGACACACAACAUUAUAUUAGUUUCAGGUGUUCAACACAAUGAUUUGAUAUUUGUUUAUAUUGCAAAAUGAUCACCACAAUAAACAUUUUUGGAGUGCCAAAUUAUUGUGUUUUGUUGCCAGAUUCCCCAGUCAUUUUCUUCUGCUGCAAGUUAUUUAUUUUUUCCAGACCUAGGGGAACAAGGCAGUGUUCCCUUGGGAUUACUUUCACAGCCAAAGCCUGGGCUAUAGUAAGACAUAGGAAUAUGUCUUCUUCUUUUCAUAAGAAAGAUGUUAACAUUUAUAAACUCUGGUAAAUUAUUUUCAUUUCUAGCCUUCUGCAUCGUUGACCUGAUGGAGAAGAGUCAGGAAAAGCAUGACCAACAUUUGUGUAAAGUUGAUUUUGUCAACAACAAAAUACUGACUAAGGAGGGAAAUAGCGUAUUAGGAAAAACAUUUUAUCUGGACACAAACUCUGUUCUGUCAAGAAAAAUAGCUGGUAAAUGUGACUCAUAUGGAGUGAGUUUGAAUUAUAUUUCAGAAUUAAUUAUUAGUAGUAGAAAGUCCUUUGUAAGGAAGCUUGACAAGUUUAAUGCAAAUGGGAAAUUGCUCCUCUGUACAAAGCACAAGAAUUCUCUUUCCAGAGAGGAACCUUUUAAAUAUGAUAGAAAUGGGAAAGCCGUCAGUCAAAAUGAAGACCUAUUUCAGCAUCAGGAUAUUCAAACUCUGAAGCAAUAUUUUAAAUAUAAUGAAUGUGGGAAAGCCUUCCAUGAGGGAGCAACUUUCAUUACCCAUAAGAGCAUGCUCAUGGGAGAAGCCCUGUGAAUAUAACGAAUAUGUGAAAGCCUUUUCUGAUAGACCAACGUUCAUUGUUCAUCAGGGAACUCAUACAAGGGAAAAUCACUGUGAAUUUAAUGACUGUAGAAGGUGGUCUGUUAGUGAGAAGUCAGCUCUAAAUAAGCACCAUAGAGUUAUCAUGGGGAAGAAAUACUAUGAGUGUAUUGAAAGUGAGAAUAGUUUCAGCAAGAAGUCACUCCUUCAGUGAAUUUAUAAAGGAGAGAAGACCUUUAACUUUAAUGAAGAUUGAGAAGUAUUCUGCAAGAAGCCAAAUUUCAUUCAGCAUCAAGAAACACAUAUAGGAAAGAAAGCCUAUAAAAUUAAUCAAUAUGCUACUGCAUUUUGCAAGAAGCCAAAGCUUCCUACGUAUCAGAAAACAGAUAUAGGAGAAAAACUCUAUGAAUGUAGUGAAUGUGAAAAAACCUUCAGCCAUAAAUCAUCUCGUCCUGCGUCAGAGGAUAUGCAGGUGGGAGAAACCCUAUGAAUGUACCACAUGAGGGAAAACCUUUGGAUAUAGAUCAGGCGCCGUGCAUCAAAGAACACACACAGGGGAAACCCUGUGAAUGUAAUGAAUGUGAAAAAAAUUUCUGUGAGAAGCCAAAUCUCCGUGUGCAUCAGACAACCCACACAGGGGAGAAGCCCUUUGAAUGUGGGAAAACCUUCUACCAGAAGUCAUCCCUCACAGCACAUCAGAGGACACUCACUAGGGAGAAAACCCUGUGAGUAUAAUGGAACCUUUCACCAGGAUCCUGACUUCACUAAACAUCAGAGAAACAACACUAAGAAGAAACCCCUGUCAACAUCCUGAAAGCUCAGAAACCUUCACCUCUUGUCCGACUCAUUGCGAAGCAGAAACAGCCUGAGGUUGUGGUGGGGGACCCAAUAAAUAUGAGAACUCUUUCGCCCAGAAGUGGCAUUUCAUU